UGGUUGGCGGAGGCAUACGAUUCUAAUGUGCGGCUCACGUCCGGGUUUCAUGGGCGCGCACGUACACUGACGUAACGGUCUGUUUACGUCCAAUCUCUGGAGUCUGUGCAGCGGUGACCCGCUGCAGUUUAGUCAACGAAAUACUGAAGCUGGUUAAACUCUUACUGGGAAUAAUAUGAGGUUAUUUUGAAAUUCCAGACAUAUAUGUGUCCUCAAUGAGGCCGCGCAUCUUGUGACCUAGCAGAGGUCAUCAUGGUUUAGCCGUAGCUGAGAGUCUUUCUCCAGGCAUUGUGACUGACAUCAAGAGCUGGGACAAGGGACUUUGGUGCUACUAACGUUAGCUAGCUAAGCAACUUAGCCUAGACAUUUUGAAUAAGCUGCAGCGACAGAUUUCUGGAGCAGUUUGAGAUCCCUGAGAGAUUCUCAAGGCAGUAUGGCUCCCAAAGAUAUCAUGACAAACUCUCAUGCCAAAUCCAUCCUCAAUGCAAUGAACUCACUUCGCAAGAGCAACACACUCUGCGAUAUCACUCUGAGGGUGGAGAACACUGAUUUUCCAGCUCACCGGAUUGUCUUAGCUGCCUGCAGUGACUACUUUUGUGCCAUGUUCACCAGCGAGCUCGCAGAGAAGGGGAAAUCUUUUGUUGACAUUCAGGGGCUCACUGCAUCGACUAUGGAGAUCCUGCUGGACUUUGUCUACACAGAGACUGUGUUAGUCACAGUGGAGAACGUACAAGAACUCCUUCCUGCGGCGUGCUUGCUGCAGCUCAAAGGGGUGAAAAGAGCAUGUUGUGACUUUUUGGAGAGUCAGCUUGAUCCCUCCAACUGUCUGGGUAUUCGUGACUUUGCCGAAACUCACAAUUGCCUUGACCUGAUGCAGGCUGCCGAGCUCUUUUCCCAGAAGCAUUUCUCAGAAGUGGUUCAGCACGAGGAGUUCAUGUUGCUCAGCCAGACAGAAGUUGAAAAGCUCAUAAAAUGUGAUGAAAUCCAGGUAGGAAAAGUGGACUCAGAGGAGCCAGUAUUUGAAGCCGUGUUAAACUGGGUCAAACAUAACCGAAAAGAGCGAGAGCCCUAUUUGCCAGACAUGCUUGAGUUUGUUCGAAUGCCACUGCUGACCCCCCGCUACAUUACAGAUGUCAUUGAUGCUGAGCCCCUCAUUCGGUGUAGCCUGCCAUGUCGAGACCUUGUUGAUGAGGCCAAGAAAUUUCACUUAAGACCAGAGCUGAGAAGCGAGAUGCAGGGCCCUCGGACACAAGCCAGAUUAGGUGCCAAAGAAGUCCUGUUGGUCAUUGGUGGGUUUGGCAGCCAACAAUCGCCAAUAGACAUAGUAGAGAAAUAUGAUCCAAAAACUCAAGAAUGGAGCUUCCUUCCUAACAUUGCACGGAAAAGGCGUUACGUGGCCACGGUGUCUCUGCAUGAUAGAGUUUAUGUGAUUGGAGGCUACGAUGGUCGGUCGAGGCUCAGCUCUGUCGAGUGCCUGGACUACACAGCAGAUGAGGACGGCGUUUGGUACACUGUCGCCACCAUGAAUGUGCGUCGUGGCCUCGCAGGGGCCACAACACUAGGAGAUAUGAUCUAUGUUGCUGGUGGCUUCGAUGGCAGCCGGCGUCAUACCAGCAUGGAGCGAUAUGACCCAAACAUUGACCAGUGGAGCAUGCUGGGAGAUAUGCAGACAGCUAGAGAAGGAGCUGGUCUGGUGGUGGCCAGUGGACUUAUAUACUGUCUGGGUGGAUAUGAUGGUCUAAAUAUUCUGAAUUCAGUGGAGCGGUAUGACCCACACACAGGCCACUGGACAAGUGUUACACCCAUGGCCACCAAGCGGUCCGGGGCUGGUGUGGCUCUACUCAAUGACCACAUCUAUGUAGUGGGAGGCUUUGAUGGUGUUUCACACCUUGACUCUGUUGAAGUCUACAACAUCAGAACAGACUAUUGGACCACUGUAGCCAGUAUGACUACUCCUCGAUGUUACGUAGGAGCAACUGUUCUCCGAGGACGUCUCUACGCCAUUGCCGGAUAUGAUGGGAACUCACUUCUCAACAGUAUUGAAUGUUACGACCCAGUUAUCGACUCCUGGGAGGUUGUUACUUCAAUGGCGACACAGCGGUGCGAUGCAGGCGUCUGUGUUCUACGGGAAAAGUGAUCUUUGCCAAGAGCCACAAGAGGAAAAGCAGGCAGGAGGACAGGCAGCUAGAUGUGGCUAAAAUGCCACUAAAACAGAGCCACACAAGGAGAGAUGUAUUGUUCGCCAGUGUGCAAAUAGCUAC